AUGCCUGUAACUCUUACAAUUGUUGAUCAUCCAGCGAAAAGCUGGGAGGCUGUUGAAGUAAAGACAGAUAACGAAUUUCUUGAAAAAGCUUGUCCGGCACAACAUGAUGCUGCUCAAGAAAUCUUGGAAUCUUCCUUUAGCCAAAGUUUUCUCAAGGAGAACCAUGUUUCCGCUUCUCCAAACGGGUUCAUUUGGUCCGCCUACAUGGCAUAUAAUCAGCAUCAUCACCUCACUAUUAGGCCUGAAGAUGUUUGGCUUGCAAUUAUUUCUCAAUUUGGAUUCUUUAUAAAGAAGAAUUCCGAGAAGUUCCGCCAUCUCUUGGUUUCACACGAGGGGCAAAAAAGCCUCAAAGUAAUUGAUGGCUCUGGGCGGCGCAGUUUUGGAGAGCUCGUUCAAUGGAUGGCGCAGAUGAUUUUCAACGACAUAAAAGAUCCAAAGCUAUUAGCCUGGGUUAUUCCAUCGUUUUCCACCACAACCAGUGUUGACCACGCUGUCGCUUCGGUGCUGCUGAUGGGGGCAAUGCAGCAGUAUUACAGAUUCACCUUUACACUACUGUGCGGAAUUCCCUCGGUAACUCUCGCUGGUGAAAUUUCGGACUGGGAAGGAAUCCUCUCUAGAAUUGAUCAUUUAUAUCAAUUUGGGGAUGAGCCCUCACGAUUUGCCGAUAUGUUGCGUCCAAUACUGCGAUAUAUGAUCCUUUCGUUUACCGAUCCAACUAAUGCAGAGGUCAUUCGUUUUUGGAACACUAUUGUGAAUGAGGUUCCUAGAGGAAGUGGCCCACAGACAUCGAUAUCUGGAUGGAUGUCAGCAUUUUGCUUCUGGGAUGAAGAGGGGCGGGUAAAUCUGCCACAGUCUUGGAAUGUCAUUUUGGACGGGGUCGCAUACCCAUCAAUUCCAACAGAUGCAGUACCUGCAGGCUCUGCCGUUAUUCCAGUAACAGUAGAAACUUCCAACUGUGAGGAAACUCUCAAGUGUACGCUGGUGGCCGGCUCUGUUGGAAUCCAGGCGUUUUCUCCCGAGGUUCAACAAGAAGACAUAUCGCGUUCAUUAACUUCAAUUGAAUCACCCCUUACAGCCGUCCAGCCAGUAUCAGGGUGGUGGAUAUUCAGAAACAAAGGUU